AUGUCUAGUCAAAUACCUAAAAUCAUUAUAGAUGAGGUUUUUAAUAAAUCGGUACCCAAACUAAUUAAUCUUCGUCCAGAAUAUGAUUUGAAAUAUGUCAAAAAAUAUUAUGUAAAAUGUGGUAGUUAUAACUAUAAUCGUGUUGAAAAUAUGUGUAAACUAGAAAAAAGAUACAAUGAUUUAGCUAUUAUUAGACCCUAUGGAAGUGCAUGCCUUAUCCAAAAUAUUGUACCAAUCAAGACUAUAAAAAGCUUUACGCCUAGUUUGCUUAAUGAGGCACAUUUAUUAACUCCUUCGCUAUUAUCUUCAAAGCCUUUUGCAUAUAUACAGCACAGUGCAGACGCAUCUAGCUUUAUUGAUAUUGAUGGGUACUGGGCUUCU